UCCUCUGCUGAUAAAAAAGCUAUAAAUAAAUAAAUACAGUGAAACAGGAUCAUGUUCUAGCAACCACCACGAAACUACCACACAAGUUCAUGAAUCCUAACUCUUCUCCUUUCCUAUAUAAAUCCUACGCCCUCGCCACCAUUUCCCACACACCCAAGCUCCACUCUCUCAUCAUUUUUGCAACCUGCAAAAAUGCCUUCUUCUUCUACUACAACUUUCAUCUCCAAAUGCACUAUCUACCCUGACCAGAAAUCCUCUCUCACAACCCUCAAGCUCUCUGUCUCUGACCUCCCCAUGCUGUCUUGCCAGUACAUCCAAAAGGGUGUUCUUCUUUCUUAUCCACCUUACUCCUUCGAUGACCUCAUCACAUUUCUCAAACGGUCUCUUUCCACUGCUCUUUCUUUCUUCCCUGCUCUUGCUGGUCGUCUCUCCACCGACACUGAUGGCCAUGUUCAUAUCGUUUGUAACGAUGCCGGCAUCUAUUUCAUCCAAGCCAAAGCCAGACACCUCUUUAUCAAUAACGUUCUUUCUCCUUCCGACGUUCCUGAUUGCUUCAAGGGGUUCUUUGCUUUUGAUAAAAUGCUUAGUUAUUCUGGUCACUCCAAUCCCUUGGCUGCAGUUCAAGUCACAGAGCUUGCAGAUGGUGUUUUCAUAGGCUGUACUGUAAAUCAUGCGGUUACUGAUGGAACUUCCCUUUGGCAUUUCUUCAAUACCUUCGCUGAAAUUUGCAAAGGAGCCAAGAAAAUAUCAAAUUCUCCUGAUUUUAGCCGCGACACUAUUUUCAACUCUCCGGCCGUGCUUAAAUUCCCCAUUGGUGGCCCAAAGCUUACGUUCUCCGGCAAUGAGCCGUUGCGCGAGAGAAUUUUCCACUUUAGCAGUGAAGCUAUUCUCAAGCUUAAAUACAGAGCUAACAACGGUAAUCUCUCAUGUGAACCCGCAGAGAUUUUGGGGAAACAAUGCAACGACAGUUGGAAAGUCGUUAACGGAGGAGACCUUUCAAAGGAUUUCCUGAAGAACAAAACGGUGGAGAUAUCGUCGUUUCAAUCAUUGUGCGCACAGCUCUGGCGGUCCGUCACACGUGCGAGAAAUCUCUCCCCUUCUAAAACGACAACGUUUCGUAUGGCAGUGAACUGCCGGCACCGGCUGGAACCGCGGCUCCAUCCGUACUACUUUGGAAACGCUAUACAGAGCAUCCCCACUAUGGCUCCUAUAGGGGAGCUGCUCUCUCACAAUCUGCACUGGGGAGCUGAACUUCUACACAAAAACGUCGUCGCAUAUGACGAUGGUACGGUGCGGAAGGGCAUAGCAGAUUGGGAGAGGGAACCACGGUUGUUCCCGCUAGGAAACUUCGACGGUGCAUCAAUCACAAUGGGUAGCUCCCCGAGAUUCCCGAUGUACAAUAACGAUUUUGGGUGGGGCCAACCUCUGGCCAUUAGGAGUGGUCGGGCCAAUAAAUUUGACGGUAAGAUUUCAGCGUUUCCAGGGAGAGAAGGGAAGGGUAGUGUUGAUCUGGAGAUUGUUUUGGCACCAGCAACCAUGGAUGGGCUUGAAAUGGAUGGUGAGUUCAUGCAGUACGUAUCAACUAGCGUGUGAGUGAGUUACAACAUAGUAAAACUGGAAUGGAUCUGGAAGAUGGGAAAAUAUCAACAAGGUUGGGAUAAAUGAUAUAAAAUUUGGAGGAAUUUGAUUGGAUGGUGGCGGGCGCUGUAGCGGUGCAAAUCUUGGAGGUCACAUUUGGUGGUGGUGAGGGCUACUGCCUACGGAUAAAUGAUUUCGACGUUUGUGAUUUUUUUUUGUUUCUGGUAGCGUUAAGUGUUUGUACAUGGCAAUUGGCAACUUUCAUUUCCUAUAUGUUCUGGGAAAGAGAAUCACGGAUUCUUAAUUUAAAUCUCUGUUUGGAUGUGUGGAAAAAUAAAGGGAGAGAAAAUAAAAGGGAUUAGCACUUUUUUCAAA